CCCGGAAGCCGGAGGCGGAUCCCGCCGGCCAAGGGGGCGUUGUCGGGACGGUUCCGCGGCCCGCGCGGCCCGGCGAGCGGCGCUGAGGGCGGCGGUGGCGGCGGCCGGUGAAGAGGCGCAGGCGGGGCAGGACGCGGGUCUCCCGGUGUUGGAGCAUGGACCCGGUCGCCACCCACAGCUGCCACCUCCUUCAGCAACUGCACGAGCAGCGUAUCCAAGGCCUGCUCUGUGACUGCAUGUUGGUGGUGAAAGGGGUCUGCUUCAAAGCACACAAGAAUGUUCUAGCAGCGUUCAGUCAGUAUUUCAGGAGCCUCUUUCAGAAUUCUUCAGGCCAAAAAAGUGAUGUUUUUCACCUGGAUGUUAAAAACGUCAGCGGCAUCGGGCAGAUCCUGGACUUCAUGUACACGUCCCAUCUAGAUCUUAACCAGGACAACAUACGAGUAGUGCUGGACAUAGCCCAGUGUUUGCAGGUUCAAAACGUUCUGAAUCUGUGUCACACGUUUUUAAAAUCGGCUGCUGUGGAACAGCCCCCUGGCGUGUCCUGUAACAGUACAUUCUCCCUGCAGGGCGCUCUGGCUGCUGACGCUCACUGUGUCGGCAGCGAAAACUACCCUCCUCCUUUGCUGCAGGAGUGUCCCGCGGAGGUUCAGCAGAGCAAGGUGUUGGAUGAACCCCAUUCUCACGCUCCCCCGUCAGUUAAUCUUCACCACCCUGCGGGCGAAGCGCCCAAACCGGCGCCCGGUCCGCUGGAGGCCAGCGGCCCAGAGCUGCCUCUCAGGCACAGCUACUGCCACAAACUCCGAAACUUCUACAGUAAGCAGCACUAUAAACAGGCUGCCUGUCCCGGUCACGGGAGGGUGGGCGAGCCGCCCUUCCCGUCCAGCACCCCCACGGGCCUCGGUGCCGGGGAGUGCCAGCCUGGCGCGGCCGGCCGGCCCGGAUGUGGGCCAGGGCCUGCGGGGCGCCUGCCUCCGCACCGCUCGGCCCCGCCCCUGAGUGAGCCGGACCCGGACCCGGAGUCCGACAGCACGCGCCAGCCCCCGGCCAAGCAGAUGAGGCUCAAAAAGGCCAUCCACCUGAAGAGGCUCAACUUCCUCAGGUCGCGGACACCCGCGGAGCCGGCGUCUGAAGCCAGGCGGGAGCACGGUGUGACCGAGCGGGCAGGCCCUGCCGGCGCAGAUGCGCGGGAGGAAGCCGGCGGCCCCAGUGCUGAGGGACGAGGAGGCGGGGAGCUCAUCGGCUCUGAGCACUCGAACUGCGUGAACGACACGGAGCCGCCCGAGGACCCCGCGGCGCUGGAGGACCAGUCCCAGAUGCUGCAGCCACAGAGACAGUACGCGUGCGAACUGUGUGGGAAACCUUUCAAACACCCAAGCAACCUGGAGCUUCACAAACGGUCUCACACAGGUACACUGAUUCAGUGCCCGCAGGCAAAGGAAAGGACCCGACCCAGACGCUCAGACAUCACUGCCCGCUCUGCUUUUGCAGGUAACUUGCAGACUCACUUACGUCGGCACUCUGGUGAAAAACCAUACAUCUGUGAAAUCUGCGGAAAGAGGUUCGCAGCCUCUGGUGACGUCCAGCGCCACAUUAUUAUUCACUCGGGAGAGAAGCCACACUUGUGUGACAUCUGUGGGCGAGGCUUCAGUAACUUCAGCAACCUGAAGGAGCACAGAAAGACGCACACGGCCGACAAAGUGUUCACCUGUGAUGACUGCGGCAAGGCCUUUAACAUGCGGAGGAAGCUGGUGAAGCACCGGGUCCGGCACACGGGCGAGCGGCCGUACGGCUGCCCCGCCUGCGGGAAGUGUUUCGGGGGCUCCGGCGACCUCCGCAGGCACGUGCGCACGCACACGGGGGAGAAGCCGUACGCGUGCGAGGUGUGCAGCAAGUGCUUCACGCGCUCCGCCGUCCUCCGGCGGCACAAGAGGACGCACUGCAGGCCCGAGGCGCGCCGGGACGCGCUGGACGAGCUGGCGCAGGCCCUCGACGCCUCCGACCUCGAGAAGUCCCAGGGCUCGGAUGCCUUCUCCCAGGACGUGCCUGUCGCCUUGAUGCCCGCGUCGCUCAAGCUCCCCGUGCACCCGGUGGGAGAGUCCGUGACGGAAUUUGACGGCCGCGCUGCCGGCCCCUACUGCAAGUUCCGGGCCGCGGUCGAGCCUCACGGAGCGGGCGGGCCGGAGAAGCUGGGUCCGGACCCCGGCAAGCUCGCCAAGCGCCCCCUGCAGCCGGCGCCGCAGCAGACGUUCGCUUACCCGGACGCGGCCGCCUCCGCCGGCGACCAGCCGCUGCCGGCCGACAGCCCGUCCCUGGACCGCUCGUCCCCGGCCGCGCUGGACACCCCCUGCGGCGACGGGCCGGGCGGCCGCGCGGCCUCCACGCCCUACAGGAACCCCGAGGGCCAGUUCUUCUCCAGCAUGACCCUGUGGGGGCUGGCCAUGAAGACUCUGCAGAACGAAAACGAGCUGGACCAGUGACGGCCGGCGACGGCCCGGCCCGGCCCCCGCGGCAUCUUCUCGGCUCGGCAGGCGCGUCCCCGCGCCGCGGGAGGGGGCCCGGCCCCUUCCCAACAGCCCAAGAUCGUGUGACCGCCCCUGUGCCGCCGGUGGCUGAUAACCGGAAGCAUCUGGAGCCCAGGAUCUGGGAAGGCCUGCCGGCUCCCCGCGCACACAGACGCGGGACCGGAGGGCUCCAGGGGCAGCAGCUACCGGCUCGAGACACCGGCCCACUGACGUCAGCCGGGCACGACGGCGGGCACGCUCUGGGCCCCCUGCUGCACCCCGAGUCGUGUUCGAGGGAAAACCUACAGAAACACAAAUAUUUUUGCAUUUUUACAUGAUUGAAAUUUGUAGCGUUUUGUACUUUAAUUUACGCAAAAAUUUUAUUUGUAUAUGAAACCCGUGCUAUAAUUUAAUUGGAAUAAAUGAAACUUGACUUUCUCUAUAA